AUGAUGAGUGAUGACGCAGCGUUGUGUGUUUCAGAGCCUACAAACGACGCUCGCAAGAAUCAUGAUGAGGCCUACGAGGGCGGCCACAAGAGCCACUUGUCCCACGAAGUCGUGGCUAGAGGUGCUGCCUUCGAGGCGAUGAAGAAGUGGGAGGAUCACCAGAGAGUUGAGGGCAAGCCUGUCCCGCAUGGCUUCGCCAAGGACGCCUUGACGGGCUUCACUAGUGCGGAAGAGGACAAGUGA